CAACCAUAUUUUGUACAAUAAUUACUUUUUUUAUAUAUAAUUAAUGCAUUAUUAUUUAUAAAAAUUUGUAGAGCGGUUUUCAUCUAGUCAUAUUUUUUUAAAAAAAAAAAAAAAAAGAGGAAGGAAAAAGCCACCAACGUCGCGUUCAUGGCCGUCUCACUCCCAUAUGGACUUGCAGAGAUUUUCACUUCCAUGCUAAUAAUAACAGAGCAGGCGCCAUUUCAGCCCCCUCUCCCCCUUAACCCCAAAACCCCAAACCUUUCGUCUUCCUUCUUCAUAAUGCCGCUUCAUUCUGAGGAGGAACGAUCAGCUCUUGAAAAGGCCAGAGAGAGAGAGAGAGAGAGAGAGAGAGAGAGAGAGAGAGAGAGAGAGCGGAGAGGGAGGGUUCCACCAUUAACGUCAGCCUUCACCGGAGAUCAGGGAAGAUGCCUCCGAGCGGCAGAAGACGUGCCAGACAAAGGAAUACCCGGAUGGACGCGGCGUUCGACGCCAUGGGAGCAAUGGGUUUCGAAAUGGACGUGGUCAGGGCUGCUGUAAACGAGCUACUCAAAGAAUAUACGGUGGAAGGGUGGGCUUUUAUCGAGGAGUAUUCCUACAAGGUACUCAUUGAUAAGCUCCUGGAAGAACAGGAGCAACCUGAACUAGUCCAGGGAGGAGAGGUGAUAGCACAAUUAUCUUCAAAACCCUCUACUGUGCCUGCUCUACCUUCUUGUUCCAGUGGUUUUGAUACUUUAGACAAAGCAUCUAAACCAACUGAGGCUCCUGAAAAGGACUCGCAGGGAGGAAGGGUGAUAGCACAAUUAUCUUCAGGGCCCUCUACUUCGCUUGCUCUACCUUCUCGUUCCAAUGCUUUUGAUACUUUAGACAAAGCAUCUAAAUCAAUUGAGGCUCCUGAAAAGGACUCGCAGGGAGAAAGGGUAACAGCACAAUUAUUUUCAGGGCCCUCAACUGCGCCUGCUUUACCUUCUUGUUCCAAUGUUGUUAAUACUUUUGACAAAGUCUCUAAAUUAAUUGAGGCUCGUAAGAAGGACUCGUCCAUAAGGAUGUCCCAGUGCUCGAAUUCUUCACUCCCAAAUCAUGAUAUUGGUGGUAUUCCAGGAACUGAAGCAGCUGACAGUCGGAAUGGCGAAGGGGGGGCCAUAAAGGUAGUCCUAGCAAAACUCGGUCCUCUGCACCACCACUUUCUACCCAUGCACAUGGGCCUUUCUAUGGGUGGUUUAGUGAAGACGAGGACCAGGAGCACGAGCCUGAGAUAGUCGAGCUAGAACCAAUGUCGCUCGAGGUGUUUAAGAAGAUAUAUUAUGAUGUAAUGGAAUCACAUCAGCUUCACAGAAAGCGCAAAUCGAGGUGGGAUGUAAGGCCCAACUCUUAGGAGAUGCAUGGUCUAUCGUUCACAUGGCUACAUAAUUGCAGGGCCCGUUUUGUUCUAGAGGGUGGGCACUUACGAGUUGUUGAUAUAAUGAUAUGUUUUGGGACAAGGUUGCAGAAGAGUUGCACUUGCAGCUUUCAUUGUUCGCAAGUGACAACAAUGAUUGAACCUGGACCUGGUUUGGCGGUGCGAUCCGCAGGACAUUAAAGGCCGACAUCGUAGAAUGUCAUUUACUCCAAAAAUAUGCAUCUUUAUAACAUGUAUAGAAAUGUAUAGUCAAGGCAUGAGGACCCUUCACUGAGAGUUGUCACAUAGAUUGACGGUUUCCAUGCAGCCGGCGUCCUUUGUUAUUGGAAGAUUUCAUUUAAUCAGAUCCGACACUACACACAACCACCUCCAUGGACACUUAAGCCCGAACCAUACCUAUCUUCGACCCCUUCGCGGUGGCAACGAGAAUUAAAUGGUGUCCAUCGGUGAAGGGACGACUAAGAAAGCAGCGGAGGGAAGAAAUGGCGUUUCCUCACGUGAAACAUGAAACUUACAUCAAAUGGAAGUGGUUUUCUAUGAUGCCUUUGGCACCCUCGACACUGAUGUAUCGGCGCCCUUCCCCAAUUUUCUUUCAUCGCGGACAUAUCGACGGUGCCGAGUGAGCCGGGGGUUCGGAAACCUUUUCGGACAGCAUCAAAAAGUUUUCCUAGAAUCAAACUUGUUCCCUUGUCUAUAUGUCUUCGUGAAAUUUAGCGAGUCCACAAUACGAUUGAUCACACAGGUCAUACUAGGUCUAGGUGGUCCAAAUAUAAAAUUCAUUUUACCACUUUUGAUUCGAACUCGGUUCUAUAUUAAGAGAAUUACGACUUUCAGGAUAACCAGAC